CCAAGCCCCGCGGCGCUCGCUCGGGCUGCCAUUCCCUUCCCCAAGAGAGCAGCGCCGGCGGGAAGACGCCCUGACGCCAGCUUCUGUCCCCCUUCUGUCUCUCGGUUCCUCUUUCCUCCCAAGUAAGGGAAUAAGCACCAAGGAGCGCUCCGGGGAGCCGCGCAACCAAGUGUUGCAUGGUGAGGGAGGCAAGGAUUUCCAAAUUUGCCUUGGCUGCACUUAGAAGGAUGGGACGUGCCUGAGGUCUUCUCUCACCAGCUGGAAGGUGGCCACUACUGCUGUAGACACUUGAGUCCUCCAGAAGUCUCCUGAAGGGCCUGUCCAUGGUGUGUCUGCAAUGAGCCAGACACUGAACUGGGCCUCAGAUUCACCCUGGUGAACACAAUUCGGUCCCUGCCCCACGUAUUCACACCCAGCAGGAAGAUGAGUGAAGAACGGUGGGUGACCCUCACUGCAGAAGAAUUCGACCAACUCCAGAAAUAUUCUGAAUAUUCUUCCAAGAAGAUAAAGGAUGUCUUCGCUGAAUUUAAUAAGGGUAGAAACCUCAAACAAUAUGACCCACAAGAGCCAAUUAGCUACGAUGUCUUCAAGCUGUUCAUGAGGUCAUACCUGGAGGUGGACCUUCCUCAGCCACUGAGCACACAUCUCUUCCUGGCCUUUAGCCAGAGGCCCCGGUGGGAUACCCCUGACCUUCCUAAGGAAGGGGCCAGCAGCAGUGAGGCCAGUAGCCCAGAGUCCAACUUACAGAAUGUGGAUAAUGCUGCCAAAGCAGAUGAGGCCUGUGCCCCUGAUACAGAACCAAAGAUCACCGAGAAGCAAGUACCAACUAAAGACCAAGUGUCUGCGACCCCCUCGGGAAGCACUGUUGCUGGAUCUUCAGGCUCUGGGUCCCCCAUAGUGUACCUGAAGGAUGUUGUGUGUUACCUGUCCCUGCUGGAGACAGGGAGACCUCAGGAUAAGCUAGAAUUCAUGUUUCAUCUCUAUGAUUCGGAUGAGAAAGGCCUCCUGGACCAAGCGGCGACGGAUCGUAUUAUCAACCAAAUGCUGCACAUUGCCCAGUAUCUGGAGUGGGAUCCCACGGAGCUAAGGCCUAUACUGAAGGAGAUGCUGCAAGGGAUGGACUACGACCACGAUGGCUCUGUGUCCCUGGAGGAGUGGGUGCACGGAGGGAUGACCACCAUCCCCCUGCUGGUCCUCCUGGGCAUGGAUGAUACUGGCUCCAAGGGAGACGGGAGACACUCCUGGACCAUGAAGCAUUUCAAGAAACCAACCUACUGCAACUUCUGCCACAUCAUGCUGAUGGGCGUUCGGAAGCAAGGCCUGUGCUGCAUUUACUGCAAAUACACUGUCCAUGAACGCUGUGUAUCCAAAAAUAUUCCUGGAUGUGUCAAAACGUUCUCAAAACCCAAAAAGGGCAACGAGGUGAUGCAGCACGCGUGGGUGGAAGGGAACUCCUCCGUCAAGUGUGACCGGUGCCAUAAAAGUAUCAAGUGCUACCAGAGUGUCACUGCGCGGCACUGCGUGUGGUGCCGGAUGACGUUUCACCGCAAAUGUGAAUUGUCAACACUGUGUGAUGGUGGGGAGCUCAGAGACCAUAUUUUGCUGCCCACCUCCAUAUGCCCCAUCACCCGGGACAAGCAAGGAGGAAAGUCUGAUGGCAGCGCAACGAGCAAGGGUGAACUUGUAAUGCAGUAUAAGAUCAUCCCUACCCCAGGUACCCACCCCCUGCUGGUCUUGGUGAACCCCAAGAGUGGAGGGAGGCAAGGAGAAAGAAUUCUUCGGAAAUUCCACUACCUACUCAACCCCAAACAAGUUUUCAACCUGGACAACGGAGGCCCUACUCCAGGGUUGAACUUCUUCCGUGAUACUCCAGACUUCCGUGUUUUGGCCUGUGGAGGAGAUGGAACAGUUGGCUGGAUUUUGGAUUGCAUUGAUAAGGCCAACUUCACGAAGCAUCCACCGGUGGCUGUCCUGCCUCUUGGAACAGGAAAUGACCUGGCCCGCUGUCUCCGCUGGGGAGGAGGUUACGAAGGGGGCAGCCUGACUAAAAUCCUGAAGGAGAUCGAGCAGAGCCCCUUGAUGAUGCUGGACCGCUGGCAUCUAGAAGUCCUCCCCAGAGAGGAAGUGGAGAACGGGGACCAGGUCCCAUACAGCAUCAUGAACAACUAUUUCUCCAUUGGCGUGGAUGCUUCCAUUGCACACAGAUUCCACGUGAUGAGAGAGAAACACCCUGAGAAAUUCAACAGCAGGAUGAAGAACAAGCUGUGGUACUUUGAAUUUGGCACCUCAGAGACCUUUGCAGCCACCUGCAAGAAACUCCACGACCACAUUGAGUUGGAGUGUGACGGGGUUGGGGUCGACCUGAGCAACAUCUUCCUUGAAGGCAUUGCCAUUCUCAACAUUCCCAGCAUGUAUGGUGGUACCAAUCUCUGGGGAGAAACCAAGAAGAACCGGACUGUAAUCCGGGAAAGCAGGAAGGUCGUCACUGACCCCAAGGAACUCAAAUUCUGCGUCCAAGACCUCAGUGACCAGCUUCUUGAAGUGGUGGGGCUAGAAGGAGCCAUGGAGAUGGGACAGAUCUAUACUGGUCUGAAGAGUGCGGGCAGGAGGCUCGCCCAGUGCUCCUCUGUCACCGUCAGGACGAACAAGCUGCUACCCAUGCAAGUGGAUGGAGAGCCGUGGAUGCAGCCACCUUGCACGAUUAAAAUUACUCACAAGAACCAAGCACCCAUGAUGAUGGGGCCUCCCCAGAAGAGCAGCUUCUUUUCUCUGAGAAGGAAGAGCCGUUCAAAAGACUAAGCAAUGUAUAAAAUGCCAGUUACUCUAAGAGAAAAAACAAGAAACUGUAAAACACACACACACAUGCACACACACACAAGCACACAAACACACACACUCUUCUCUAACCAGUGGAAGCAAAGCCACCCUUCAGGAAGAAACCUUCACCUUGCCAUUCAUUUUAUUUCUACAGUGGAAACACCCCCAACAGAACCAGGGCCCACCAGAGUAUGGUUGGCACAUGCAGCAACCUCCACCACCCCAGAAGGCCUUGAGUGGGACUUUCUGAGACUGAAAGAGAAAAUCUUUCUUUCCACCAGUCCUGCAAGUUUCUUCAUGGACACUCUCAAGGAGCAGGCUGCAGGUUUCCUGCCUACGGUGAGAUCGGAUGUGGCCAAGGGAAAAGGCUCCCGUUCCAGAGAGCUUGCACAAAGGUCUCUCUGUACAGAGAUAAAAUGCCUCCGACACUCAGAGAACAGCCCUUGCAGGGCUCAGCAAGCGCCUAUGGUUCCUAGGUUGCCCUUCGAGCUACAGCUUCUCCCUGAACUUGCUGAGGAGGCAGAAAGGCUGUGGAAAGCUGUGUUUCCAUUCCUGGUUCUCUGCGCUGUCAGUGGGCACUUGUUAUUUUCCCAAAGCCUUCUCCUGGUGGCUGUGUGUUUGUUUAGAAACGGCUCCAAGAGCCCCCAGAGCUGCCUGCAAGGCACACCUUAGAUGUGGUAUUUAUUUUCUUAGUUCUGUGAACACCUGGGAGGGAAGGCAGAGAAACUGGGAUUUAUUUUUCAAAUUGGUGUCAUAAUAUUGUGUAAAAAGGAAAGAAAAAAAAAAAAACCACCCCCAGCUUCUUUCUUUUUCAAGCCAAAGCGUGUUUCCUGUUUGAGUUCCAAGCCCUGGUGACAGACUAUUCCUGAAGGCAGAAAAGAUGGGAGGGAAGGGCCUCUGGCUGAGGAGACCAGGAGACAAACGAUCAGGCAAUUCCCUCCUGCCUCUCUGCACCGACUACUCCCAGAAUAUGAUGUGAAGACCCUUCUGAUGGUCUGAUAUAUGUGUACAUAUCUGUAGCAUAUAUAUUUAUAUAGAUAUAAAUAUUUAUUUACUGAUGGACUUUUCCUGAUUGAAAAAAAAAUAUGUAGUAUAGGAACAAAACAGAAGAACGUUCUUAUCCCCCGCCCCCCCAAUCCCUCCAUUUCAUUGUCAAGACACAUUUCCCCAUGGUGAUCAUGAGAUUUAAGGGAAGUGAAAGUAACUCUUGUCAUAAAAAGACUAAGAAUUCCUAUUCUGGAGCUUCAACACAAGCAUGAAAGAUGUGCUGGCCAGAAAUUACUCUCCCUCUCGUCAGAUAAGGAAACUGAGUCCUGGAAAAGUUAAGAGACUUUGUAUCUUGGCUCAUGGUUUGGAAUAGGUGCCACUGAGAUGAUAAUGAACAGAGGCAAGAAUCCACACAUCUUGGUAUAGAUGGUCAUUUCUGGUCACCGAGAAAUGAUUGUGUUUGGAUGCAGAUUGCCAGGCAAGAAUGAAUAUGCAGCACACAUGUGGCUGAGAGAGACUCCCACAAGAGAAUGAGGGCCUCCUCGUGCUUCCCAGAGGGUCUCUCUGGCCUGAGAAGUUGGUCAAUGUUGAAGGCACUAGACAGAUCAUCAGAUUAAAUACUCCACCUGUCACCUCAUCAUGGUCACCAUAGUCUCUUAUUCUGGAAACACUCCUGGCUGUAGGGAUGACCUCAGUGGGGAGUCACAAGGAGGACUCAGGCACUUUCUGCAAGGUACUGCCACUCAGUACCUGGAGGGGCCUCGGACAGAAUUCAAUGGGCAUUACUCAGCUGGCGCCAGCAUGGCCCUCUUAACCCUAGGGCAAGUGUGUGGAGUUUCGUUGGUAAAGGAAACAUUUGCCUCAGCACCUUUACUUCCUCAGGCUUCUAUUCCCCUCUGAGAUUUCUCAAGAGGAAACCUGGGCCUGUUCAACAUUGCUCCACUGAGCUGUCUCUAAUCUCCUUGGACUAGCUCAGGAGCUUUGGACAAAUUAAGAUUGUGUGUAAAAUUGAUCCCAACUCUGAAGGAAGCAAUCAUCUAGGACCAUCUAGGAUGGAGAGCUAGGACCAUCCAGCUCGACCUAACAGCAAAGAAUACUGGGCCAGGGAUAAACCAGGCCACCUGAAGAACAUCCUUACUGAUGCACUCCUCGGUGAUGGCACCGACAAGCUCCAGAAUGACAACAGGUACUCCUUCGGAAGCCACUUGAUUCUGAAACUAAGGCAGGUUAGGGCAACCGAUUCUAGUUUUUGCAUGUAUUUCAGCCUUGACCCUCCAAGAUUGAGGCUGUUGAGACCUGGCACUUAUCAACAUGUGAAAAUGAUUCUCAGAGAUUCACAAUUCUCUGCCCUUGCAGUGUUGCUUGAGAUACUCUCCCCAAGUCCUCCUUAGAGUCACAGGGUAUAACAAACUUCGAUGAAAUUGCACUUCUGACUUUGUAACUCAGUAAGUCUAGUAUUGUUUAAUCUGACCUUGUAAUUCAUUCCUUAACUACUAUGACUGUGGGUUCUUACUGUCUAUUACCUCAUCAUAGUGCAGAGCACCUCAUUACAGUGACCUCUGAGGCUGGUAGAGAAGGUAUUAUUAUCUCAGUCCUCAUAAUGAAGAAAAUGAGGCUUAAUGAGGUUUAGUGACUUUUCCACGUCACACAGUUAGGCAGUCAGAAGAGAAUCCCAUCCCCUAUUCCUCAUCUUAUUCUGACCCUAACCAUGCUACAGACUUGUUCUCACCCUCCCCCCUACUUCUAUCCCACUAGCAAUAAAAAGAAUGGAACAGGAAAUCUUCAAUAUACUGUUUUGUUCCUGGACUAAUAGGCUGGGAGUUGCAUCUCAUUAUGGCUUGGUCUUUGUGGGUUUCCUCCAGUGAGUUGAGAAUGGAGAUAGACUAAGCAGGAUGAUUAUAUUUCAGGUCAGAGACCAGCUCCUCUCA